AUGCCAAAUAGAAAUUUGUCCUUUCAAUCUUCAGUCAGUGGUUCAGACUUGCUCAAACUUAGAGAUCUGAGCUGCCAGGAAGGCAAUGUAUUCGAUAAAGAAUUUCAUGCCGAUUUGGACAUGAAAGAUUGGAACGAGUGGAUGCAAUGUGAAGGCACCAUCAAUCAGUUAGAAUCUCCUAUGAUAGACCGCACACAAAGCAUCGCCAGCACUGUAUCCUGGCUAGAAGGCACCUCGUCUGCCAACAUUGAUCGCGCCGUCGAGAAAGACGCAGCAGUCUUCUCCUCGUUCUUGAAUGAUAAUGAAUUCUCCUUUGAAGAUGCCCUGCUUGAGUUCGAUGAAGUACCACCUCCUCCACCACCCUGCUACAACCUGCCCAUGGGAAUCCCCACCAAAGACAACAACAGAGCAUCCCAAGACGUCCCGCGAAAAUUCCGCGGCUUCUCCUCCCUCACAGAGGCCGAAGAGAGAAGUCUAACAGACAUCGCAAUGCCCUACCACAUCCUCGCCAAAAACACCACCACCAAACGCAAGAGUCCCUCCUCCGAGGAACCCACCUCCCCUUCCGCAGCAUCAGCUUCCUUCUCGUCACCCGCCCCGUCUCCCUCGCCCGAGCCCGUGACGACGCGCAAGAGCCGCACGAACAAGAAACGCAAAUCCCUCGUCGUCGUCGACGACGCCGAGUCCCGCAACGCGCUCUGUCAGUCCCGCAAAAACGGGCAUAACAUGAUCGAGAAACGGUAUCGGACCAAUCUCAACGAGAAGAUUGACUGUCUCCGGCAAUCUGUGCCAGCGUUUCCCAGACGCUCGAGCUCGGGGGCGAAGUCUGAUGGAGAGGAGGAGGAGGAUGAGGAGGGGCAGGAGGAUAGUAAGAUUGGGAGGCAGAAGUAUGGGAAGGCUGCUAUUUUGACAAGGGCGCUGGAGUAUAUCAAGCAUCUGGAGAAUACGACGGAGAGGCUUGGGGGCGAGGUUGAUUUGUUGAAGAAUCGGGCUGGGGCUUUUGAGAAGUUGGCUAUGAGUGGGAGUAUUGUGCUUAGUGAUCGGGUGGGGUUGGUUGCUGGGGGGUUGUUGGUUGUUAAGAGUGAGACGUUGGAGAGUGUUAGGGCUGAUUUCAAGCAGGUGGGAUUGAAGUAUAGACCAUUGCCGGGACCGAAUACCCGGAGAAGAAACUCGAGGCAGGUGAAGGUUGAUCUGUUAUGA